AUGAAGGGACUUAAUUAAGAAUAGAGUGCAGACUACAUUUUUAAGUUCAUCUUAAUAGGAAAUUCAAGCACUGGCAAAACUUCGAUAUUGUAAUACUUCAUAAAAUAGAAUUGUACAAUAAAGAAAGUUCAAUAAACAGUGGGAAUCGAAUUCUAAUCCAAAUUUUUCGUAUACAAAAACAAGAACAUCAAACUAUAAAUAUGGGACACUGCUGGAUAAGAGAGAUUCCGUUCAAUCGCCAGAACUUAUUUUAAGAAUACCAUAGGAGCAAUUCUAGUUUAUGAUGUGACAAGUUAAGACUCAUAUGAAGCUUUAGAUGAUUGGAUUAAGGAUGCCAGGGAAAAUGGGAAGAGCGAUCUAGAUAUUAUUGUAGUUGGGAAUAAAAUCGAUUUGACAGAUUAAAGAGUCGUAGAUAAAGAUUAUGCUGAACGAGAUAUGAGAAACAAAGAUGUUCUUUACGUUGAAACAAGUGCCAUGACUGGAGAAAAUGUGGACAAAUGUUUCUAAUCUUUGAUUGAUUAGAUCUACAAUAAAAUUGAAAAAGGUCAAAUUGAAAAAGAUGAAUUCAAUCCAUAAUUAAAAAAUCCUUUAAAGCAAAAUCUAACCACUAAAACUAACCAUGUUUAAAGUUAAAGUUGCAAUUGCUGA